AUGGAGAAAGCCUUUAUCUUUGUAGAAGCGGAUAAUAGAGAUGCCUUUGAAGCCAUUUUUGCUGAACUCAUUUAUAGAAUUGUGCUCUUCCCAAACAUUGAUGACUUUGUGGAUGUUAAUGUUGUACGAAUCUUCUUAACUGGUAACCCAAUACCCACAUUACUUGGAGAUACCUACCAUUCUAUCCAUCACAAGACUAAGAAAGGUGGUGAACCAUUCUUUGUUGUUCACCUCUCCUAUAUAAGUGGUUUAUUUCUCACUUACCCAGAUCCAGGCUCUUCAGGGAGAAUCCACAGAAGCUCAGAUGGUCUCAGAGGUUCAUGUCCAUUGAUAAAGGGAAUAUACAUUGGUUUCUUUUACCUUAACAAAGAAGAGAGUUCUGGUUUGAAGGAUAGAAUCAUACAUGCUUGGCACAACAUUCACAGGAAAGGAAAAAACAGAUUAGGAAGAAAGAAUUGUGUUGCUUUUGAGCCCUACACCCAAUGGGUUUGUGCUAGAGCCAGUGAACUUAAGAUGCCCUAUGCUCUUGAGAAGCCCUCAUUCCCUUAUGCUAUAACAUCAUCAUCCACCAUUCCUAUUGAGAAUAGGGAAGAGUUUCAAGAAAUUUUGGCUAGGUUGAAAUUGGAAAGAGACACUUGGGAAUGCAAGUAUCAUGUCUUGAAUGAUAAGAAGAUGAAGAUGGAGCAGCACCUAAAGGAGAAGGAUGAUUUGACUGAGAUUUUGGACUAG